UUCGGGGGCCGAGGGCUGGCGCGGGGCAAGCGGCGCCUGCGCGGGCGCAGGUCUGCCUCAGGGCGGAGAAUGCGCGCGCAGCGCCUUCUUCCCCGGCGGAAGUUUUCGCGGGGCCACUGAGCAGAACACUAUCACGAUGGAGAUUCCAGCCCAGUGCUUCUGAGGGCCAGACCGUGAUCUCAUAAAGCAUGAGCAACUUCUGUCCAGACUGUGGCAAAAGUCUCCAAGCAACGUUCAAAUUCUGCCCUCACUGCGGAAAGGCUUUACCGACAGAGAGCCCUGAGGGGUCCCAGGCCUUUGCCAGACCGGUUUCGUCCAUCUUCGUAGGCUCCAGAAAAGAGAAGAACCCCAGUUAUGAACCCGCUCCCAAGAAAGUGAAAUGGUCCAGCUGUUGUAGCACGUCUUCGUCAUCCUUCUUGUCAGACUACGAGAGUUCUGAGUCUGAAGAUGCCUUGAAGGGCAAAAGAUGGACCAGUCCUCUGAUCCCCAAAAGCAGCCCGCAGAAGAAAAGCCCCCGGACCCAGAAGCGGCACCAUGUGACCAUCUCCCUGGAGGCUUUGCCUCAGGGGACAGUGAUGACGGACAAGAAUGGACGGUACUGGAGGCUGGCAUCCUUGCAGACCAGGGACGACCAGGGCAUUGUCUAUGAAGCUGAGCCUGUCCCCGCCUGGGAGCCGAGUGGCCAGAAACGAUUCUCGCUGAAACUAGAUGCCAAGGAUGGGCGCUUGUUCAAUGAGCAGAACUUCUUCCAGCGGGCCGCCAAGAUUUCGCAAGUGAACAAGUGGAAGAAGAUGUCCUCAACCCCCUUACUGGCCAUCCCCACCUGUUUUGGUUUCGGCGUUCACGAGGACAAGUACAGGUUCUUGGUGCUCCCCCUGCUGGGGAGGAGCCUGCAGUUAACCCUGGAUGACAACCCGAAGCACAUAAUGUCCAUGCAGUCCGUGUUCCAGAUGGCCUGCCGGCUGCUGGAUGCCCUGGAGUUCCUCCAUGAGAACGAGUAUGUUCAUGGAAAUGUGACAGCCAGGAAUAUCUUUGUGAAUCCCCUGGACCGGAGCCAGGUGACCCUGGCAGGUUACGGCUUCGCCUACCGCUACUCCCCCGGCGGCAAGCACGUGCCCUACAAGGAAGGCAGCAGGAGGCCUCACGAGGGGGACCUGGAGUUCAUUAGCAUGGACCUGCACAAGGGAUGCGGACCCUCCCGCCGCAGCGACCUCCAGUCCCUGGGCUACUGUUUGCUGAAGUGGCUCUACGGAAACCUGCCGUGGACAAAAUACCUUCCCAACACCGAGGAUGUCAUGAAGCUGAAACAGAAGUUCCUGAGCGCCCCGGUGGCCCUCGUGGGACACUGCUGUCACUGGAUUCGGCCCUCAGAGUCGCUGCAGGAAUACCUGAAGGUGGUGCUGGCCCUCAAGUACGAGGAGAAGCCGCCCUACGCCUUGCUGCGAAGCAACCUGCAGGUCCUGCUCCAGGAUCUGCACGUGUCGGCCUAUGACCCCAUCGACCUCCGGGUGAUGCCAUAGGACUUUCUACGCCCAGUGUGAAAUAGGGGGGGGGAAAAUGGGAAGAAGAAAUGUGAAAUCCAGGCCUGCUGUAGAUAAGCUUCUAGAAAGACCCCUCGGACGUGCAUUCCCACUGCUUCUGUAGGUGACGCUGCUGUCCAGCCAGGUUGGCGGGGAACACGGGAACUCGCAGUUAGGCUCCAGGUAACGUGAACGCCUCCUCCGCCGUCCCUUCCUCACAGCCGCUGGGGCGGUGAACGGAGAAGAUGCUCAGCUAGGGGACCGGUCCCUCAGUGGGACCCUCCUACCAUUAGAACCUCGUGCUUUGGUAAUAAAUUGUUUCACGGGAGCUUGGA